CUACACUCUUACGUCCCUCGCAUUCUUGUUUCUGAAACGCCCCCACCUCUCUGCCGUUCGUCCUUGCAAUGAAAGCGACCGAUCCCUGCCACAAUCAGCGUCGCCUGGCUAACCUUACCACUACUUCACCUUCACUUUCCCGCUUGCAUCAUAUCGCGCGCCCUGCAUACACGUUCAAUAAUCCAUGCUGCAGCCCUUUUUUGAACGGAUGGACACUUUAUCUAGCGCGAUGCUCCUGACUGACGUGGCUAUGCAGCCGCCAAAAGGAGAGAAAAUGCAGCUACGCGGCACCAGUCGCGUUGUACGAGUAGACAGGAAUUGUAAAAGAAAUCCUAUCCAUGAAUCCAGUUUGCUUAUUUUUGCUUGCGAAAGGGUCUCAUUAGUGGUUUUCUCGUCGAUGCAGAAACUUCAGGACAUGUCAUAUGCACCUUGUGUUUCUAGGUGCUGCUGGAGCGCCUCCGUUCCCAACAGUAAUUGCCUCAAAUGGCAGGCGUCGAAUGGGCACUUCUGCCCUUUCGACUGUCCUAGCUCUUUGUCUGCGGACUUCUUCGCCUCUCAGGCAAGUGCUCCCAGCUCGAAGCUCUCCGCUGAUACACAAGUAUCCGACAAGGGCCUACAUGGGCAUUUGAGCAUGACGAAUAGUCGGGGGAUGGGGUUCGAUGAGUGCUAGGCCACUCUCCUUCUCCUUUGCUGCAGUGCACCCCAUUGUGGACGGAAAGGUGCAUUUUCACGA